AUGAAUUUGUCUAGGUUUGUCAAUGGUAUUCAAACAGAUUGUCUUUUGUGCUGUCAAGAGAAAGAAACGGUUUUUCAUUUAUUAUUUGAAUGUAUUAAGACACAGUUGGUUUUCGAGACAGCUGGCUUGGGUGCUUACAGUAUCUCUCAAGGAUCUGAUAUCUUGCAGAUUAUAAAAAACUGGAUGGAAGAUAAUAUGGAUCAAAAAUUUAUUCGCAAGAUGUGCAUCCUUUGGAAUAUUUGGAAAUCCAGAAACGAUAUUGUCUUUUCUGAAGGUAGGUUUUUGGUUGAUAUCAUUUUAAGGAAUGCUAAUCGAGAUUUCAAGUUAUGUUUGGAUAAUAUUACUGAAACUGGUCGCAAUCAUAUCACCCGGUUUCAACAGUGGAAUCCUCUGGAUUUCCCUUAUAUCAAAGUCCACAUUGAUGCGGCUUUCAUCCCCAAUAAUGCAGCAGCAGGGGCAGUGGCUAUGGAUCAUAGUUCAACCUUCAUGGGAUGUGCUUGGAUAACUUUUGAUGCUACUUCUCCUAUGCUGGCAGAAACAAUUGCGUGCAAAUUGGGAAUGGAAUUCAGUUUAGAAAAGGGUUUCAAGAAAAUCAUAAUAGAAGGUGAUGCAUCUAAUGUGACAAUGGCAGUGCAAGGUGAUAUAAGACAGAUUCCGUGGAGUAUUCGAUCAGAAGUACUUAAAAUUAAGGAUCUAAUCUCUUCAUUUGAUAAUGUAAAAUUUCAGCAUGUUUUCAAAAGUGCAAACUCUAUGGCACCCUUAUUAUGUCAACAUGCUAUGCAUGACUCUGUAAAUAGAAGGUGGAAUGCGAAUUUUCCAUCGCUUUGUAUCUCUUCAAACCUCACUCACUGA